AUGUCAUUUAAUUUGGGACAAAUAAUAGAUCAGGAAAAGCCAGUUCCUGAAUACUUAGCUAGUUUUGCAAAAUCUUUGCAAGAUUUCCAAAUAGGAAGAGUCGUAAACCAUGAAGAUGUUGAUCCUAUAGAUGUGAUAAAAGAUUUUAGAUCAAUUGCAGGUGAGACUGCUCUAAGUUUAACCGAUGGAUUGAAUGACGUUUGCACAAAAGCUUCAUUUGAAGAUUGGCAACUAGAAGCUAAAUUUUGGCAUUUAUUGGAAUUGUUAACUUCAUUCAGAACAUCAGAGAACUACAACCAAAUUAUUAAUGAACUUCAAUCCGACAGUAGCAAUAGUAAUAUGGAAGAUGAACGUGUUGAUAUCACUAUGGGUUCUACCAACUUCGAAGAUCGGAUUGAAACAAAGCCUUAUAAUUCUAGUGCUAUAUUUGAAAGAGAUUUAUUACAAUCAAACAGAGAACUGUAUGAAAUUUGGAUUAUUAUUGUUUGGUUACAAAGCAAUAGACAACAAAAGGAACGACCAUUAAAUCUACCGGUUACAAAAUGGUCCAGUUCUAUGAUAUCUGGGACUCUGAAAAGUUCUGAUUUAGAUGAACCUCUACGUAAUCCAGAAUCCGGAAUAGACAUUAAAGAUAGAUUAGAUGAUUCUAUUUUCUAUAAAUACAUUUUUGAAUUACUAUUAUCAGGUAAAAUUGACCUAGCAAUCGAAGAGUGUAACUUAUCAGAAAAUAUCACAUUAGCUAUGAUUUUAUGCGGGUUGAAGGAAUAUUCAAAUCCUGCUAUUGAUUUCCCAAAUACUUCUGGUUCAAUUAAACAAAGCGGAAUUCAGAAGCAUGCCUUAUGGAGAAGAACAGUUUUUUCUCUCUCUACCAAUAAAUCCUUAGACAAAUAUGAGAGAAUAAUAUAUAAUUAUCUAUCAGGUACUUUGCCAGACUUUGAUGAAUCAGUUUUCACUGAAAUUUUAGAAGAAUUAGAUUGGGAAUCACAUUUAAUCCUAUAUUUGAAUCAAAAUUUACAAAUUAGUGUCGAGAAUUAUCUAAUUUCAAAUUCGAAGAUUGAUACUACAGAAUUAAUUUUAGCAUUACCAAAUAUCCCUAUUCCCAUUAAUGAUAUAUUAAAUCUAAUAUCUUUAAGACAUCCAAAAGAUAGUGAACACCCAAUUAGAAUUCUAAUGGCUUCAGUUAUUUUAGAUACUACGCCAUCCGUUGUUCAUUCCUCCAUUAUUAUGCUUGCUAAUAUAAUUAAUGGCAUCGAUAAUGAUAAUGAACUAAUUAAUGAGCCAUAUUUAUUGAGAAUCUUGGCCCAUUUGACUAUAAUAUUAGAUUGUAUUAAACCUAAUUCAAUUCCGAAUCAAGAUAAAUCUAAAUUGAUUACAACAUACGUUUCUUUAUUAAGAAUGCAUAAACUGUAUGAUACUUUACCAAUUUACGUUAGUUUCUUGGAUGAUGAAGUUAUCUUAGAAUCAUAUUCUAUUUUGCUAUCUACCAUCGAAGAUCCAUUAAUCAGAACUGAACAAAUUAAAUUAUCCAACUUUUUAAAAUUACCUACUGCCAAUAUUCUAAGGAGGACUGCUGAAAGAAUAUUUCUUGAAACUCAAAUAAAUUAUGUUCCAAAUGAGUCCAUUAAUAUUAACUUCAAUGUUGAUGAGAUAGAUAAGCAUUUAAUAUUUGGUAUUUCGUGGCUAAUUGACGGUGAGUUAUAUGGGGAUUCAAUUGAUUCAAUAAUAGCGUUAUCUAGAAGAUUUUUACUAAAUGGGAAGACUAAAUCAUUGGAAUAUUGUUAUAAUAAUAUAGAUCUGCCAAAUAUAAUAAAAAAUUAUGAAUUAGAAAAAAUUAUGACGAAUAAUAAUACAAAUGCUUUACACAAUAGUAUAAAUGAUAACAAAGGAAAAUAUCAUGAUGAUAGUAAUGAAACUGACUUAAAGAUUAAAGAAAUAAUGCAAUAUCAAUCUUUAACUGAGGCAUUUAAGAGAUAUGAAGAAUGGAAAAAGACUGUACAAUCAUUGAACCCUCAAUCGAAUAUACCGACAUCUAUUCAAAAAUUACAAGAAUAUUCCGAAAAGACAACUAAUUUAGUUAAGAUAUUCUUGGUUGAAUUAACUGAUGAAUUGAAUGUGAAAAAUAAGAGAAUAUCUAAAGAUGAUUUUUCAAUAUUAUAUGAAAUUCGUGCAUUGUAUAUUCCAUACUUAAUUAUUGAAUUGCAUAAAGGAUUAAUCGAAGCUUCAAGAUUAUUAAAUAUCAGUUUAUUGACUAAAGAUGCAUUAAAAUAUACCACUAUUGUAGCCAAUGAAACGGACAAGAUAUAUUUACUAUUUCAAUCUUGCGGGAAAUUAAAGGAAUAUUUACAAUUAAUUGCACAUACUGCAACUUUAGUGGAUUAA